ACAUCUACAAGUGGCUGCCGCACCUUACAGGAGCUAUUUGCGGGUGGAGCCUGGGACGGGGAGUGUAUCUCUGCCGGCCUGUCACAGGGCAGACAGGAAGGACUUGCAGCCUCUGGGCUGGGUCUCCAACCGGGGCGCAAAGCCAAGGACAUAGUUCUAGUUUCGUUUCUCGCAGACUGGCUAACGCGCCGUUUCUGUAGCCAUGGCAAAAGCUAAGGAAGAAUUUGGAGGGGCUGGCAGCCUGGAGGACGAACUCAGCUGUCCCAUCUGCCUGGGUCUGUACCGGAACCCGGUGUCACUGAGCUGCGGUCACAGCUUCUGCAAGCAGUGCAUCCAGAAGGCACUUGGUACCCAGCAGCAAUCCAAGGCCCCUUACACCUGCCCCAUGUGCAAGUUCCAUCUGGGGCCCAUCCUGGAGCUGCAGAAGAAUUUCCAGCUGUGCAGCAUCGUGGAGGCAUUUCUGGCCACCACUUCCAAAGGACAACAGGACCAGGGCUCUGCAGAGGGGAAGAAGGAGAUGGUUCCCUGUGACUUCUGCCUGGAUUGGUCCCAGCCAGCGGUGAAAACCUGCCUGAUCUGCGAUGCAUCUUUGUGCCAGGCCCAUCUGAACAAACACAACGCCAAGGCUUCCCAGCAGGACCACGUCCUGGUGGAGGUGGGCGCAGGCAGCACGGCGGAGGAGAGGAGGUGCCUGGAGCACAGCAGGCUGCUGGAGUGCUACUGCCAGGACGACGGGCAGUACAUCUGCGUGCUCUGCUCUAUUGCGGGACGCCACAAGGGCCACAGCAUCAUCACCCUGAAGGAGGCACAUGACAAACAGCUGGGUGAACUCUCGGACAUGGUGACACAGCUGCAGGAACAUAAAAGCACUUUAGCUACCACCCUAGAAGAGCUUCAGAGAAGCGAGGAUCAGCUCAAGACCAAUAUGAAAACAGUGACUUCUCAGCUGCAAAAUGUGUUUGAUAAGAUGAAGACAGAGAUAAUUCAGAAAGAGAAGAAGAUCCUGAGUGACAUUCAAUCUGAUGAGAAAAAACAAUUGGCAGACAUUACCAAAGUGAAGAAGGAAAUGGAACAGAGGAGAGAUGAGGCUGUGCAACAUCUUCAGUCUUUCCAGAAGAUGAGGGAGCAACCAGAUAUUUUCCUCUUCUUCAAACAAUUUAAACUGGCCAAGGACAGGAUUGCGAGUCAGAAUUUUGGCGUCAGCGGGACGGAUGUGGCGGUAGUACAGCUGGAUCACACCAGGAUCAACUGCUACCAACACCUGAUGCAGGACUUCAUGGGUCGCCUAGACUCGCUGCUGCAAGACGUGCACCGUGACCUCGCCAACCAAAUUAAGUGGAACAGUGGAGCUUCAGAUGCUGAUACCUCUGCAAACUGGGAAGAAUUCCUCUCAACGUCCCCUGCUCCAGCAUGGAGUCACUCUCACCAGAGACGUUUCUUCACGAACUGCUCCAAUCUGAUAAUGGAUGGAGAGCACAAGAGGCAGGCGGUGCAGAACAAAAAGAAUGGAAGAGAUCAGCGCAAUUCAAGUGAAAGAUGUGAGCAAAGUGCAUGGUUCCGAUAUGGCAAGCAGUAAGGGAGAGAUGAAAAAAGAAGUCAGAACUGAGAUGGAAAGAAAAAGUUAAAUAUUGUCAAAAAUGUCCUCUGAUAAUGGGGACCUGCCAAGUGUCUUGACCUCCCCUGCAUACCUGGUAUUAAAAGCAAUUCUGUAGCAUACGCAAAUUUAGAAAAGAAGUGCUAAGAAUUAACAUGAACAUAAGAAAAUCUCCAACUGCUGCUGGCUUCCAAACUGUGGACUGUAUCAUCUCACGGUACUAAUGCUACUUGUGUACUAUUAAUUGUGGUGACUACGUUCUCAUUAUGUGGUUGGAUAACGAAGUAAAUGGCCAUAGAUACAGACAGGCAAGGCUGGCUGAUUUCAUACCACUACCAGGAAUUAACUGUUGAGAGCAUUGUUUGUGGAUGGCUGCAGUAGAAGGCUGUUUAGGACCAUGCCACAGAUUUGGAUUAUCACAUUUGACACAAGUGAUCUUUGUAGCAAAGAAUUAAUUACCUUUGUAUGAAACCAGCCUCGUCAGCCUCUAAGGCACAUUUUAACACUUCUAUGGAGUGCUCAAAGAGCCAUGCAAAAUACCAUGGUCAGCAGCGUUAGCAGCGUACAGCGAUGCUUUACUGGCCGCAUCUCCAUGGGUACAGAUGUUGUUUUCUGAUGAAGCACAUGCUGUGUUUUCCAGAUGUAGCCCUUAUUGCACACAUUGACUCCGCAGAGGGAUUUCAUGGACACUGCCAGGCAGAUAAGCUCACUCUGUUGCUGUAGGCUGCUCUGUGCCUAGCUGUGGUUCAGAUCCAACACGUAGGUUCACAACCUGGGUGUUCCUUCUCCAAAUGAUAAAAAUACUCUACUGCAAACCAGGGUUGCCAACAUAAACAUUUUUAAGAAAUAAAUGCUAAAGUUCUGGGUGCUUCUAUAUAAAUUAGGAUUCAUGGCUACAACUCUAUUCUGUCACUUGUGAUAAUCAACAUAGAGCUAAUUGCAGGGAUUAAAACCAAUAAACUCGACAAAAUCCAUCUCAGAUUUAGAGUAACAUCUCCCUUCGUGGUUUAAACAGACUCGCCAAGCUGUAAUGGAUCCGCAGCCCUUGCUCUGCUGCACACAUCAAUUGUCAGCGUAACAGAAAGUGCGUGGCCAAAUUUUGGGAGCUCAGCAGUAGCUCGAGGUGACUUUGCAAAUAUUCCCUACUGCUCGAAGCCAGCGAGACAUGAAGGACAGCUGCUCUCAACCACUCAAAUGAGGCAAAAGAAAUGAGCCUGUCCUUUGGCACUUUUAUUACCUGGGUUUCUCUCUGGCUGCCAGGUAGUUAUUGCUUUCACCCCAGGUGAAGGAGCCGUGACCAGCCAACGCAGUUCAGUGCUGCUGCUGCAGACAGCAAGUUACUGCACUGCUGCAAAUCGCUACAGAGAGCGGGAGAUUUACUCAAGCAUGGUAUUUUAAGUAACUCCCUCUCCCCAUCUCACAGCGCAUCCUCCGUUGACUGCACUUAGGAAACGUCAGCACCUCUAUAGCCACUUCUGAAAUAUCAGUAUAGCAUUUCCUCAGCAAAACCCACGUUACAAAUGUGUAUUCCCGCGCCUCAGCUGCAUGUUGCUGUGGGAGAACCGGAGCACUGCUCGCUCUCUCGCCAGCGGAGGGAAAGGGCAACUGGCAGCAGGGUGCUGAGCAAUUCCUGCACUCCCAGGCAGCUGCCUUCACCAGCAUGUUUCUGAAUAUAAGGCCUUGUCUGCAAGCAAUUCUCAUUUUUUAACCCCAUUUCUGACAGUCUUGGAGAAGCCACGAUGAUAUAUUCUUUCCCCAGGGAGGAUGAAGUACUGUCUUCACCUGUCCUCCAAUGCCAGCCAUCAGCUCCCUGAGUCUCCAUGACCUGUUUAGAGAAGGGUCCUCCCAGAAACCUUCACCGCAGAUGACUACCGAGGUCUCACGGAUGGAGUCGCAAUCACAAGAGGCUUUCAGAAGGGCUGGGAGCAGUUGAGAAGGGAGCGUGUCUGCAGCAGGCUGGGUAAAGGCCGUUCGUGCUUUAAGGAAGAGCUCUGCAGCCCUCAUGAGACGGUUGUAACGCUGCCUUUGAAGCAUCGAUCACAGAUAAUGCAAUAUUGCACUAAGAUUGAAGUACUCAGCAUAACUAAAACCCAGGACCAAAACGAAGACAAUAAUUGUCUGGAUGGAACUUGCCUAGCAUCUAAUUUGAAGGAAAAAGUGCAAGUAGCUCUACACUGCUAGGCUUAUUGGACUCGGAUUUGGGGCUGACGUAAACACUUGCCAAAAGGGAGCAAAAGAAGGUGACUCUCUUGUAGGCAAAAUUAAUGUGAUCCAGGAGAUAAGGACUUUAUAAUGGCUGCUAUAUGGCAAAAGCAAAGGAUUUCAUUUCAAGUAGGUUGGAAAAAAUAUAUUUUUUUAAUACUGCUGCAGGCUCACAAAGCUUUUGGAUGAAAAUUAAUAUAUAGGAAGGUAGAUUUUCUAAGUUAGAUACUAAGCUGAUAGUGCAGUCUAUUUCCCCCAUACUUUUGCCUGCUAUAGUAUUAGCAAAGAUAGACUACUCUGAAUUUGAGAGUUGUUGUAUUUUUAAUAUUCCAUGCAUUAGCCUUGAGGAGGCAAAAAGAGGUGAAAGCCUAGAUGAAAGCAAUGCAAGAAAACACACUGGAGUCCAGCAAUUAUUUAACUAAGCCUUCUAACCCACAAAAACCCUCUGAAAAUUUUAACACCUAAUUAGUUUUUGACUCUAGGAGACGAUAUUGGACCAUGGCAUACACUGAGAGUGUAGCAAUUCUGCACAGAUAUUUGUGCAGAACGUUCUUUCUUGAUAGCAAUAUAAUUGUGAGAUACGUUGUCCUGAGAUAUGGACAGAGCUUAUUUCUUUCCGAUAUCUUUAUGGCUUAAGUAUUUUGAUUACCUAAGGACUCUGAUUCAUUGCAUCUUUCAUUAUUUAUUAUGUUCUCUUCCCUCCACCCACUUCAUUUUUACUUGGCAUUUGUCUCAUCCUUGAUGGAAACCUUUAGUGGGGUGGAGAGUGAAGUAGCUGAUUUUAUGACUCUUUUUUUGCUUUUGGCAAGCGUUGCAUGCUGUGACUGAAUUUAUAAUCAUAUACAUAAAUAAAUUCAUUUCAAAUCUA